AUGGCGUCCACAUCCACACAAGUCCGCGUCGGCGUCGGCGUCUUCAUCCUCGAGAACAGAGGUCCAUCAACCAGCCAAAACCCUCGCUUCCUCAUCGGCAAACGCAAGGGCUCUCACGGCGCAGGAACAUACGCCCUCCCAGGCGGGCACCUCGAAUUCGGCGAGUCGUUCGAAGAAUGCGCCGAGCGAGAAGUCAAGGAGGAGACUGGACUGGAUGUGAAGAGUCUUGCGUUCUUCACGGCCACGAAUGAUGUUAUGCAGGAGGACGGGCGGCAUUACGUCACGGUGUUUAUGGUUUGUGAGAGGGAAGAUGGGAAACCGGAGCCGGUGGUUAUGGAGGAGGAUAAGUGUGAGGGGUGGGAGUGGUGUGAAUGGAGUGAGUUGGCUGAGAUGGUGGGAGGGAAGAGGGAGGGGAAGUUAUUUUUGCCGUUGGUGGAUUUGGUGAAUUCACGACCUGGGCUCGUGCCUGCGUUGGAGCGGGCGAUCGCUGAUGAAGCUAUGGUUCGUCGAUAA